UUGUCGCGAAGCAACCGGUUGCCAACGCGACUGCACCAAAAAUGGCGGCCACGGCGUCGAGAGAGGAGCAUGUUUCCUCUGAAGUUUUGCGAGGACUCGCCCGACACUUGAACUGCCUCAGCGAAGACAGCAAGUCAACAAGGAAGAGAGCCUUGGAGUCCAUUAAAAGAGAGACUGUGGACAAAAAGCUCUCCGGUGUCGUCCUCCAAGAUCUCUUCUCCGCCUUGCUCAAGCCUCUACUCAAAUGUCUCUCAGACCCCAUGGAACGAUGCAGGGAAAUCGCGAUUCUAUUGAUAACGGACUUUAUUUGCUAUGUCCCCGAACCCCAGGUGUCGCUGCCUUAUCUAAUGCCGUGUAUGGCACAGCGGUUCGGGGAGAAGGAGAUCCUGGAGCCGGCGGAAGAGCUCCGGUUGUCGGCUGUGAAGAUGUUGACUUUGACGGUGGAGGUGUGCGGGAAGCAGCUGGCACCGUAUUUGAAUGAAAUGAUCAACAUACUGCAGAGGACCAUCGUUGAUCCUUUCCCAGAUGUCAAAAGAGAGAGCUGCAAAUGCACUGUCAACUUUGCGAAGUGUGUGCCAGAACACUUCCACAUGCAAGCUGAGAGUCUGGUCAAACCGCUCAUGCAGGCAAUUGCUCAUCAACACUCCAAGGUACGGGUGUCGGUCAUCGAAGCCACUGGGGCGGUCAUUCGGCACGGCACUGGCAAAAACGUGAAUGACGUUCUAUCUCACCUGGCGCAGAGACUGUUUGACGACUCGCCACAGGUGAGAAAAGCUGUGACUCUUAUCGUCGGUGACUGGCUGCUCAACUUGAUGGACAGAUACUCCUAUUUCCACAAGUUGAUUCCACUCUUGCUGAGUAAUACUACUGAUGAGAUUCCUGAAAUAAGUCUUCUGGCAGCUGAUUUAUGGCAGCAGGUUGGAGCCCAGUGGGAGAAAGAGAAUGAGGAUGACCUCAAGGACAAGAUGGACUUUCUCCUCACUCCCCCUCUCUUUUACCCAUCAGGAGUGGAGCGUCCAAAUUUGGGUUGUAGAGAGUUGGUGCUAAGGAACCUGAUGCGACUUGUGCCUGCUUUGAGCCACGACCUGACCGACUGGCUAGUUCCCACUCGAAUCAAGACCUCCCAGCUGCUUUCAGUUCUGCUGCUCCAUGCUGAGGACCACAGCACCCAGCACCUCCAGCCUCUCCUGGCCAUCCUCUACCGGGCUUGUACCGACCCUGAGAGGGAUGUGGUCACCAAUUGCCUAGCUGCUGCAAAAUUGUUGGGCACCUUUGUCCCACCUGAGGCUUUCCUCAAGCUCGUCCUGGAUCAUGUGAGCGCCCCAUCCUCCCCAUCCUACCCUUGGUCUGCCCUCAUGGUGCUGUGUGCAAUGCUGGGAGGAUGCCCCAAACCUCUUCUAAAACCACAUAUUCAACACAUUGCCAACACGCUGGUCCAGCCUGACGUCUGCCAGGGAUAUCAACAGGUUGUGUACUUGGAGCAGUUGCUGUGCUGCGUGAAUGUGCUGCUGCGUCAGUGUGAUUCAGACUGCGGCUCGGUCAGCCUGCAGCUGCUACAGGUGCUGGUCACCGUCCAGAGCCUCGCCACCGGGCCUCACAUCAGCGAGAAGGCCCUAGAGAGUGUACAGACCUUAUACAAGGUCCAGGGCCUUGCCUCUGAGAUGGAGCUCUACAGGCAACACAUGGGCCAACUGCUGGACUGGCUGUCUGUCUCCGUGAACACCUGGUCCAGUUAUACCCCACACAGGCUGCAAAUGCACAUCAUAGUGGUGCAAUCAGGUCCAGUUAUUGGAGAGUUUGUGAGCCAGUUGAUGCCUUUGCUGCACUCCUGCCUCCAACCAGAGCGAGACCAAGAGAUGAGGAUGAGCAUUUUUACCAUGCUAGCUAAGUUGCUGCUGGACAGAGGCAACACGUUGGAUUCCAAAGGUCUGUUCAGGGACGAGUCUCAAAAGUUCCUGGUUGACAUCCUGCUUCCUAACCUGGUGUGGCGCGCUGGCCGCUGUGCCACGGCCCAACGGACCGCAGCCCUAAGCUGUCUGCUGGCGCUCCUACACGGAGGCUCCAUCCUACCACAACAGCUGCUGUCAGUGGAGCACAAGCUGUGUCCACAGGUGCUAUCCGCCCUGGAUGAGGACUCUCAGAUGGCCAGACUUUUGGCCUGCCGCUCUCUGUCGUGUAUGCUGAGACUGGUGGGAUCUAGUCUGCACCAGGAUGUCCUGAACAAGAUCUACCCUGAGGUACUGAAGCGUCUGGACGACAGCAGUGAGGACGUGCGCCGUGAAGCUCUCAAGGCUCUUUCUCUAUGGUUGUCCAAUCUGGACAAAAGCUACAGCGCUGAUUUCUGCACUUCACAUCUGCAGUUCCUCUUCCAGCAGCUCCUCGUGCACCUGGAUGACCCCGACAGCUCGGUGCAGGACCAAGUGCUUGAGGUUUUGAAGGAAGGCAGCUCGAUCCUUCCAGUGCUCCUAAAGAAGGAAGUGGAGGCCGUGAGGGACAAACAUCGCAGUCCGCAAUAUUGUGACCAACUCCUGGAGCACAUUUGCUCAGUGAGCACACACAAUACUGACAACUCUCAGUGACGGUUUGUUUUUUCUCGUCAUUGCACACUUGUAUACACAGCUACAGCUUAUUAUUACUUUUGGCACAAAGAUCCCAUUAAAUCGUGUCAAAACAG